UUUAAUUAAUUCUCAAAACAAAAACAAUUCAUUCACCAUCUUCUCCACCACCAAACCAAUCCAUCCAUCAAUGGAUCCAACUACACCCGAUGACCCACAACCCCAACCCGAACCCGUCCCACUCGCCGCCGAUCCCUUAUCAAACCAGUACACCACGCUCAACGACCUAGCUCACGAGCUCGCAUCUCUUCAAGACCUAGCCAACCGCGGCAGCUGGUUAUCAAUCCUCGACAAAGCCGCACGCGCUCGCUCUCACGCUCUCCUCACCACGCCUCACAACCACCUCACGUACCUCGCGUACAACGUCCUCGCUCUCUCCAAACUACGCCGUUUCAAAGACGCUUUAACCGAACUCGAUUCCCUCGACGAUUUCGAUUCUCACCAUUACCGCUACGAAACUUACCCCAAAAUUUACCCGAACCGGUUCGGUUCCAUGGUUCCAUUCUCUCUGCGUUGGCUCCACGCGCUUCUUCCGUUGAAUUUAGGCAACCGUCAAGAAGGUCUGGAUCGGUUUUAUUUAUUACUUGAAUUUGUUCGUGAAAAAUUAAAAGUUAAGAAAGAUCAGGGAAAUGUAAAUGAAAAUUUAACCGCGGUUAAAAUUUGGCGUAAUAGAGAAAUUUUUGUUAUGAAUGGGAUUAUUACUGAGCAUUUAAAGAGUAAAGAAUUUAGUGUUUGUUUAGAUUUAAUUAAUGAUUUAAUUAAAUCAUCAGAACUUUUAGAUCCUGUUUUGUUAUCAAAAUUAGGUCAUAUUCAGAUGCAAAUUGGUGAUUUAGAAGGGGCAAAAUCGUCGUUUGAUAAAGUCGAGAAACUAUUUAAGGAACCGAAUGAACUGUUGAGUGAGACUGAGUUUAGGAAUUUGAUUAGCAGGAAUAAGGCAUUGGUGUAUUUAGUUGGGAAAGAUUAUGUUUCCGCGGUUAGAGAAUACGAGGAGUGUAUCGAGAGGGAUGGGAUGGAUGUUGUUGCGAUUAAUAAUAAGGCGUUGUGUUUGAUGCAUUUGAGGGAUUUGUCGGAUUCAAUUAAGGUUUUGGAGAAUUCUCUCGAAAGAGUGCCGACUGUAGCUUUGAACGAGACGCUUGUUGUGAAUUUGUGUAGUAUGUAUGAAUUGGCUUAUGUUAAUCACUCUGAUAUUAAGCGGACGCUCAGUAACUGGAUUUCUCGCGUUGCUCCUGAUGAUUUUGAUUCAUCUUGUACCAGGAUUUGAGGUAUUUUCAGUUUCGAUUUUGUCUUUGAGAUUGUGUUGUUGAUUGUUUUCACUGUAAAUUGACUAUAAUGCAUUUAAUAUUAUUGCCGAUUUUACUUAUUAGUUAUCCUAGAUGGUGUUAUAUGUUAAGCUCGUGUCUUGUAGGUGAGUUGUUGUAGUUGAAGUUCUUUUUGAAGCUGAAAUGUAAAACAAUCCCAGCUCUUAUGUAGGAAAUUUUGUUGCUCAGCCUUGAUAUUCAAUACUUAUUAGGUUAUUUUAGUUGAUUGGGAUUUCAAUAAUACAUUCUGGAUUUAUUUUAA